AUAUUGACAGAUAAGGCUUGAACGAUAUCAAUAUGCACAACUUCGGUAAAAACAUAAAUUCGCAUCAGUCUCAUCUCAGUAGUAAAGUGUUUCUCUAUCGAGUCUCAUCGUGUAUACCAUAACCUAUCUAUCUACCAACCUAGUUCAUCGAAUGUUAAUCAUACAAAAACAUGACAAAAUCUACGGAAACAUGGCAUCAGUACUUGACCCUUCUAAUUGUGGCUUUUGACGAGUUUUCAAUAGGCAUGGCGAACGGCUGGACCGCUCCGACGCUGUAUUCCUUGAUCAAUGGCGAAGGAGAAUUCACCAUUACUCCAGACGAAGGCUCCUGGAUAGCUUCUUUAGACCACGUGGGAAAAAUCCUAGGCGCCAUUUUCGCCGCCAUUGCGCUCGAUAUCGUAGGAAGAAAAGUACUUUUGACAUGCAGCGCGUUUGUAUUCUUUGCCAUAUGGUUGAUAACUUGUGCAGCUCGUUCGGCUUCGAUUCUCAGCCUGGUUCGUUUCCUUUUCGGCGUAUUUGUCGGCAUCAACGACGGCACGAAUUCCACAUACUUGGCAGAAAACGGCUCUCCGAUAAUCCGAAACGUAUUCGGGUGUAUAUGCAUUGCCUUAUACUACGUAGGCAUGCUCUUCGAAUUAGUAAUCGCCACUUACCUUACGUUUACCCAAGCAUCGGUCGUAAACGCGUUCGUAACCUUUUUAGCAUUCACGUCAGUUAUAUGGAUUAAAGAGCCAGUACAGUAUUUACUCAUGAAGGGUAAGCAAAUCCAAGCCAAGAGGAAUUUCGCCUGGUUACACGGCGAAGACGUGCUCGACAAUAUCGACGAUGACGACGAUGCUCCGUGGAAAACAGAGUUCGAAAAAAUUAAACUCAACGUGCUUCGAGAAAAAGCCAAAAAAUCAUCUCUCAAGAAAACCAUCUCAUCCGCAGCCAAUUACAAAAGUCUUUUCGUAAUGAUAUCCAUAUAUUGCCUAGCCGGAUGCUCCGGUUAUAUUCCAACCAUGGUGUACGCUUCGACAAUAUUCCCGGAUACGGAUACUCUGAAAUCUGGCCACUUCACCGUAUUGCUGGGAAUCAUCCAGACAUUGGUGGCAGUUCCAGCAUCUCUCUUCGUAGGUCGUUUCAAUCGACGAACUGUCAUUAUGAUAUCCUUCUUUAUAAUUGCCUUCAGCCAUAUAAUUAUUUCUUCUUUAUAUUAUAUCAAUUCGAAUAUUAUUCAAAUUCCAUAUUUUGCAUGGUUGGUUUUCAUAUUGGUAACACUUUUUAUCACUGUCAAUGCAGCUGCAUAUCCGGCCAUUUUUCUUAUACGAGGAGAAUUAUUUCCACUCAGUGUCAAGGCAAUUGGUACUUGUCUCUCUAUUAUCGGAUACUCAGCGACGAGUUUCUUAUUUACCAAAAUAUUCUUUUUAUUGACAUUUAAUUAUGGAAUUGAAGUAAAUUUUAUACUCUAUGCUGUUCUAAGUUUGACUCUAGUCGUAUUCGUUCAUUUGUUUUUACCCGAGACUAGAAAUAAAUCUCUGAUCGAAAUACAAGAAGUAUUGGAAAAAUCUAAAUUAUUCGUUUGAUCAAAUAGACACAUAAGCUAUAGCAACAUACCUCAUUUUUUUUUACUUCAAAAUGAAAAGCAAAAACUUAAUUACUGUUUGUACAAAAAAAACUUGGAAAAUAAAUUACUUUCUAAAAAUUUUCUGUUCAAUUCAUAGGUAUUUAUCAUUUUUUAUAUUUUGUGAAGAGACUAGGAAAAUACUCCCCCCUCCCCCAAUUGAAAUAAUCAAGUUCAUUGCCAUUUUUUCUUAAACUUGCUUUCCAAAAGUAACAAUUUCUUCCAAUUUUAGUAACAAAACAAAAGUCUUGGGCAAUUUUGACCAAAAACGAGUCUUCCCAGCAAUUUUGAUAAAGAAAUAGGAUUUUUUUGCAAUUUUAAUCAUCACAAAAAAAAACAAGGCUCUUCUUGGGAUUUUCACACAAAAACUAAGCUUUCUGGAAAUUUUGACAAAAAAUGGGUCCUUUUCUCAGUUUUUACAAAACAUUAGGAUUUUUUGAAUUUUGAAAAA